ACGGCAAGACGCUGGAAAUUAUUUGAAUACGAAUAGAAAGCUAUGCAAUACUGCUGGUGUAAUCCUCAAAAUUUAAUCUAAUAGAGAAUAUAGUAAUUUAUCAAUCUCUGCUCAUAUUUUCUCCCUUUGUUUUCAUACUGUUAAGAGAAAAAAUAGAUGCGUGCGUUACUCAAUAUCCAAGUUUAGGCUACUGUGUAACUGUUAUGGCUACAUUCUGUCAGGUACAUGUACAUAGUGUCAAGGAGCCGUUGUUCAACUGAAACAUAAUUCUGUGAAGUAAUGGGUUCUAAAUUGACCAGGCAAAGUAGUCUGGACCAAAUAGAAACCACAUUUUCCAAGAAGAGACGCCAGCGGCAUGACAGCUCCGGAGAAGCUGAGCGAAGUGGAGGCGGGGAAUUCUUGUUUACAUCCCUGAUGCUGAAGUCAGACAAGCUCCCAGGGAUGCUGCGGAAAAGCAACCACAGCCCCUAUGUGAGACGGGUGGCAUGGAUCAGGGAAAUACAGAAGCUUCUUCGAGAACAGAAACAAGAACAGGCAGUCGAGGUGCUCAAAUUGCUAAGAAAGGACUUGGGACUCCAGGGAACAUCCCUCAAUGAUAUCCUCUAUAAGAAUACAGCCUUUCUCAACCUGGUGGAUCCAAUCUCCCAUGAGCUCUUGCUCAGCCUGGCCAAAGACAUGCAGUGUCCAAAGAGGGAGACAGACACCCUGAAGUCGUCCGACAAGAUCUGCAGACAGCUGAUAUUCCACCUGACCCCUCACUCCAAGUGGAUGAGACAGAGCCUGCCCAGGAGGAAGUCGCAGGCCUGUCUUAAAACCACACUGAAGAAGAAGCUGACCAACGACGUGGUCAGCCUGUCUGGCAUCCCUCUGUCUGGCCGAGACGUCCACCGGGUGGCCUACUACCUCCAGAGUAACGGCGACUCCGUGUCGGCCGUGGACCUCAGCUUCACCGAGCUGCAGGACGAGAGCCUCCGUCUACUGCUGCCCUACCUGGGCUCCAUGCCCAAACUCACCACCCUGGCCAUCAACGGCAACCGUCUGACGGUGGGCGUGCUGAAGGACCUGACGGAGGUGGUGAAGAACCCCCUGCAGUUCGCCAGCCUGGCAUGGGUAGACCUGGGCAACAACGUGGACAUCUUCACCGUGCCGCAGCCCCUCCUAGUGGCCCUGCGCAGACGUUUUGGCCUCCGGAGCAGCCUGCCCACCAUCUACGAGUACAGCGAGGUGCAGGUCUAUAGUAGUUAUACCCUGGAGACCUCUAUUGAAGAACCCAGCCGGUAUGAGGAGGAGGAGGAGGAG